CAGGUCAUCUUAACACACGCCGGAACUAUGGAGCCGCUGGAGGAUGGUCCCAGUUCUUUUCUAAAAAAGUAUAACUUAAGGGUGGCGAUAGGUGUUGGGUGUGCGUGUGUGCGCGCAGUAGGCAUUUAAAUAUAGGGAUAUGCGUUUGGAUUAUCCGACGUUGUUUCUUUAAAAAAAAAAACACCACAAAAACACCAUAGUAAGGUUAAAGCUUUAAAACCAAUCGGGAACAUUCUAUAAUGUUUUGUUUGAGGAGUGUGAUUGAGGAAAGAGGAAAACAAAUAGCCCCUCCCAAAAGGUGAAGUGCACCCAGGGGCUUAAUAUGGUGACUGGGAAUUUGCAAGGCAAAAGAGGGAUUCUUUAAUGGUUGGUGUAUUUCUGUCUCCCUUUACACACACACACACAGGGAGGGGGGGAGAGAGAGGGAGGAGGGAGGGAGAGAGAGAGAGAGAGAGAAAGAAAGAAAGAAAGUACACACACUCACAACACACACUCUUCCACUCAGUCCCUCCCAGCAAAGGGGAUUGAGAAAUGCAACAACUGUUAAACAUGAAACAAAAGAACCCCAGGUUCAAAUUCUUGCUGAGCCUCCUCAAACCUUUUGACUGGUUGGGGUGGUUAGGAGCAUGACAUUGAACAAUAUAUUUUAUCCCCUAGGGCCUAGGGCAUUGGGAAGAAAGGGAAACUACAAAUGUACCUGGGAAUUAUUAUUUUUUUUUAAAAAAAGCCAUUUGGUGGUACUUCAUGUUUCCAUAAAGGGUGGAGAAUUGUGGUGAGUUGGCUUUAAGAACCAAGCCACUUUAUGGAUCCUUUUUGAUUUCAGGUAGGGGGGUCUAGGUAGUGGUGGAAUUCAAGUAAUUUAACAACCGGUUCUCUGCCCUAAUGAUUUCUUCCAACAACCAGUUUGUCAAACUGCUCAGAAUGUUAACAACCGGUUCUCCCGAAGUGGUGCGAACUGGCUGAAUCCCACCACUGGGUCUAGGGAUUUGUUGUACUGUGCUAAGAUACAGAACUCUUGAGUUUGGGCAAGCAUUCACAAGGGUUGUGAGUAAGUCAAAGGAGAACAUUUCCUUUUUGCCUCUAUUCUGCAAACAAACAUGAACUAAAUUAAACUGGGACUUUGCUUCUUGACUGGGAACAUAGAAGAUAGAAUAAUAGAGUUGGAAGGAACCUUGGAGGUCUUCCAGUACUUUCCUAGGCUAAAUGGGUAAAGUUGGAAUCUGUGUGAGUAUGCCUCUUCAAGUCAGUGUUGACUCCUAGCGUUUGCCUGGACAAGUCCCUGAAGUCUUCUUGGCAAGUAAGUUUUCAAAAGUGACUUGCCAUUACUUCCUUCCUAGGGCUGAGGCAGAGAGACUGGCCCAAGGUCACCCAACUGAUUUUGUGCUUCAAGCAGCUCAUAGUCUCCCAGGGCCUAAUCUGUUGUUUUAACCACCGCACCAAAAUGGCUCUCUUGAAGUAAUAAUUCAUAAGCUGCUACAAGCCGUUUCCAUGAUUUUAUCAAGCUUCCUUAUCAAAAUACCCUUCAACAGAUAACACUGCAGAAUUAUUCAAUCGCUUUGACAUCUGGAGCCUUCAGAGAAGGAAUAAUAUGUUUCCCAGUCAGUUCUUUCCUGAAGAGCCAAGAAUAUUUGCCAUCAUUCCAUCGUGAUGGCUACACCCAGGACACAAUUGCCAUGUCUUUGGCUUCUUGUGCUUUCCAUGACAACAUGUUUUGCUCAAGGGACUUCACCACCACCAUCUCCACCACCAGGAUGUGGCAAGGACUUGAACUCCAUCUACUACAACCUCUGUGACCUAUCUGUCGCCUGGGGCAUUGUGUUAGAAGCCGUGGCCAGCUUUGGUUUUGUCACCAGCUUUGUCCUCACUGUGGUCUUAGUGGCCAGCCUGCCUUUUAUCCAAGACUAUCGGAAGAAGAGCUUAAUAGGGACUCAAGCUUUCUUUCUGUUGGGCACUUUGGGGCUUUUCUGCUUGACCUUUACCUUUAUUGUCAAGCAAGACUUCUCAACAUGUGCUUCACGACGCUUCCUCUUUGGUGUCCUCUUUGCUAUCUGCUUCUCCUGCCUGGCUGCCCAUAGCCUCAGUCUCAAUUUCUUUGCCCGGCAAAACACUGGGCCUCGGGGAUGGGUCACCUUUGGCAUGGCUUUUGUCCUCGUCUUGGUUGAAGUCAUCAUCAACACUGAGUGGCUCAUUAUUACUGUGGUAAGGAAUGAUGGUACUGCCAAGGAUCCCUGUGACCUGAAGAACGAGGACUUUGUCAUGGCACUCAUCUACGUAAUGUUCCUGCAAGUAGCUACUUUCAUUGCUACGUGGCCUGUCUUGUGUGGACAUUACAAGCACUGGAGAAAGCAUGCCGUUUUCAUUCUCCUCACUACUUCCUUUUCCAUGGCCAUCUGGAUAGUAUGGAUUGUUAUGUAUGUUUAUGGCAACCAGCAGGACCAGAGAUCAACUUGGGAUGACCCCACAUUGGCAAUUGCUCUUGUCUCCAAUGCCUCGGUUUUUGUUUUGUUUUAUGUCAUUCCUGAGAUUUCUCAGGUGAUCAAGCCAGGACCAGAGCAGGCCUAUGAGGAUGAUGUCUACCCCACACGGGGGGUUGGCUAUGAAACAAUCCUCAAGGAGCAGAAAUCCCAAAGCAUGUUUGUGGAGAACAAAGCUUUCUCAAUGGACGAACCUUCUUCAGCUAAAAAGCCUGUGUCCCCAUACAGCGGAUACAAUGGGCAGAUUCUGACAAGCGUCUAUCAGCCCACAGAGAUGACUUUAAUGCACAGUGGGCCUUUGGAUGCUCCGUAUGAUGUCAUCCUCCCUCGUGCUACGGCCAACAGCCAAAUGAUGGGCAGUGCCAAUUCUACCCUGCGUGCUGAUGAUGCUUACGUCUCACAAAGUAAGCAAGCAUUGGCUCAGAAAGAUGGAAGGAAUGGGCAAGUGAGUGAAAUGGCUUCAUCUCCAUAUAGCAAGCACAGAUGGUAGAAGUUUUGAGUCCUGAUCUCCGCACAUCCUGUUCCUUGAGGUUGCCUUACAAAGCCUGCCUCCACAAAGGAGCAUCUAACUGGGGCAAGGCCUCAGAUAGACAUGGAGAAUGGAGAUGUUAUCCUGGGAACUGAGAAAAUUUCAUCUUGGUUGCUGAGGCAAUGCAUUUCUUUUUCUCAUGCAUAAACCAAGCGUUCUACUUGACAUCUGUUACAGUAAAUCUGACCCAGUAAAUCACUGGGUCAGGAUGCCACCUCCUGUUCUGUGUUUCGAACAGUGGGCCUUCUAUUCUCCUUGGAGCCUUCAGUCAAAUUUAUAAUUCCACUUCUGUUUUGCCAGUAUUUUGAGAGCCUCCCUUAUUUUCACCCCACCAAUCAUGGGGCCACAUUCAGUGCAUUGAAUCUUGUUCGUUUUGUACAAACAUGGCGUUAUGAGUGCUGAGGAGUUCCACUCUACAGAUCACAAUUCAGCCUCUUGUUUCAGGAAUAGAUGCUUUCCUGCAUCCUCCCAUCUCAUGUCUACUCCCACAAGAGAAGGUUUUGGAAAUUAGAAGGGUAUCACUCCAAUUCUUCUUUAAUAGAGGCCAUUCUUCUUAACGGAGAGAGUGAAACAGGUCAAAUGUAGCAAGAACUUUUUAUUUGAAGCCUGUUUGCUUUCUCCUGAUCCUUCUUGCCUUUGGACCAAGCCCUGGAAUGUGACAUCAUGGUAUUGUUUUUGGAAUCCUUAUUAUCUCCUCUUCUGUUAAUCCCUCCCUGUUAUGAAAAUUAAGGCCGCAUAUUUUAUUUUAUUUUUUUAAAAAAAUGCUCGAUGUUUUACUUUGAAUGCCUGUGUUUAUGCAGCAGGGAGGAUUUACUUUUACACUGUGGUCAGAGUCUUAAACAUCCUUAUCUGACGUUGACAACCAAGUUGGUGAUUGAACAUGCUGGAGGCACCAGUGGACCUGAAAGGAGGAAGCUAUGUUAAAAUGAUACUUUCAUUUCACAACAUAUAAAAUGGUGGGAUUUGCAAGACUGAUGUCAGUAACUGUUUUGUCAAAAAGGUUCAUUGCCGAUUGUGCUUUCAAUAUGGGUAAGCCUUCCUUAACUUGAUCUUCUCUCAACCUGAAGGACUACGACUAUCAUCCCAACCAGAGUGGGAGUGCAAGAUAACUGAUGGGCCUAGAUGGGGGGGAAAAUGCAGAUCUAUGAAGCGCAAGUGAAGGACUUUAAUUGCAAGGAGAGGCCAGAGAGGCAAGAGAUGGGUGGUGUUAUGUAACUGCACAAACUAUUUCAGUGUUAAAGGGUUGUGUGCUGCUGAAAUGGAAUUUUGCUAGGGAAUGGAUGCCGUCAGGCUUAAAAACAUCUGGGAGUGGCAGUUUCACUACAGAAACAUAAUUGUCUCUUUUUGGCAUUACUUAUCUUGCUUUACCUUGUCCUCACCAGGUGAGGAUGAGUCACCUCCAUUUAGGAUAUUUUAUUGUGCUGAUUUAUCCUUUCUCAUCUUUUUUGUUCUGUUCCUUGUGGAAUUGUUCAGGCUCUGGCUUUACUCUGAAACAACAACUUUCCCCUGUGUAGAGUGGUCUCCCAGCCACCUCUGAUGAAGUGGGUUCUGAGAUGCACAGUCUUACGCCUCAAUAAAUCUAUUUGAUAUGCCUUCAGUCCUUUUCAUGAUAUCCCACUUUCUCUUCAUGCCUUGGUGUGCUAGUUCCUGGCUUGUGGCCUGCCUGUCCUAAUGCUGCUGUUGUGUGCCAUUUUUGCCUCUUCUUCUUCCCUCUUGGGCAGAAAAGGGGUGCUGUUUCUCUCUCAUAUACUAGCAGGAGAAGGAAGCUACUUUGAUAAAAAGAAGCGCUGCCUAUUUCUUGCAAUGCCUUUUCACCAAGACUUCUGGCCUCCUAGAUUGAUGUCCUCUGAAGUUUAGCCUGCUUUUAUUGUGUAAGCAUUUUGAGCAGGUAAAUUUUUUUACAGACUUCUCCAAACAAGGAGCCUUCAAAUGUGGCGGGGACAGGUGACUCCACGAAUGUUCUUUGGGCCAUCUUCUGAUCGGAAAGGUGUUCUCUACUGCCUAAAGGAGGACCAGACCCUGCCUGUAGAGUCUGUGCUCAGGAAGUGGAAGGACCAAGUUUAUACUGACUCAGACCAUGGCUAGUCGCUCAUUGAGUCAUGAUUUCUGCCUGUCUUGCUGAGAAUGCUGUUCUGUACCUUGCUAGAGGAUGAGUCUGCUUCUAGUUUUUGGCUAAAAGAUUCUCUGCUCUGAUAAUGAGGAAUGAUAUAAUCUCCCUCUGCUAAUGCAAGCUGAGUAAAUGGCAGAAGACUAAGGAGGAAUGUCCCCGACUGCUGUUUCAUCCACGCUACUCUUUAAGCUGAGAUUGGGGAAGUGGUUCUUAUCAGAUAUGGCUUUUUAAGAUUCAGAAUUGUCUUGACAAAUUAAAUAUCUUUUUUUCCUAAAUGUGGCUUCUGACUUCUUGUCUUGUCAUAUUCUUUUGUGGGUUUGAGAACAAAGGAGGAAGAGUUGACAAAGAGAGUUGACAAAAAUUACAAAUAUUUCUCUUCUGUGCAUUUCCUAACUGAUGGAUUCAGCUGAUUAAUAGGAAGGAUUUGGACUUCCCAGAACAUUGAACUUGAUUAUUCUAUGAUUUGAAAACUCAGAUCAGUUGUACUUGACACAGGAUUUAUUUUCUGGACAAUGUAUGGAACAUAACAUUCUGUUCCAAUCUGGGCAAUGUUCUUGUUUUGCUCUUGUUUUUUCUUUUUAACUUUUUUUAAAGGUUGCCUUAAAAGACAAGUAAUCUGCCUAAGUAUUUAUACUAAUGAUAUUAACUGUAAUACAUUUUGGAGCAAUAAACAUUCACUGCAA